AUGCCACUUAACCAACCUAGCAAUCAAAUAAAACUAACUAACGUUUCUGUAGUUCGUAUAAAGAAAGGUGGCAAGCGAUUUGAAGUUGCUUGUUAUAAAAAUAAAGUACUCGAGUACAGGAAGGGGGUGGAGACGGAUUUAGAUAACGUUCUUCAAAUCAAUAAUGUAUUUACAAAUGUAUCUAAAGGAGAAAUUUUGGAGAAAGGACAAUUACAAGUUAGUGAUAAAGAAAGAACACAUCAGAUUGAUAGUAUCUAUCGUGAAAUUGCUACCAUGGUUGCAGAAAAGUGCGUUAACCCUGAAACAAAAAGACCAUAUACUGUCACGAUGAUUGAAAAAGCAAUGAGUGAAUUACAUCUUUCGGUAAACGUGAAUCGUAAUACAAAAUCACAAGUGUUAGAAGUUAUCAAACAACUUCAAGAAAAGAAGAUCAUUCCUAUUGCUCGUGCACAAAUGCGUUUGAGAAUUACGACUCCUAUCAAAGAAAAGAAAGUUAAAGAAAAGUUGACACCUUUGAUUUCUAAUAUUGAAGAUGAAAGUUAUGGUGACGAAUACGAAUUGAUAUGUACAAUUGAUCCUGGGCAGUUUAGAACCAUUAAUGAAUUAUUACAAUCAAAUACAAAUGGAAAAGGUCAAUUGGAAUUAUUAUCUUUAAAUGAUAUUAGCGAAGGGGAUAUUAAGUUUUAA